AUGGAGAAAAAUUUUUUCACAACCGGUACGGUUUCGUGGGAAAAGUUUGAUGGGGAGAAAACCUUGGAACUUCUGAUAGCCGCCGAUGAGCUUUGCUUGAACGAACUGUUGGAAUACGUUCAGGAUUAUUUUAUUACUAAAGGAAAUGAUUGGUUAUUGAAAAAUAUUGAUGAAUAUUGUCAUACUAUAUUUCAACAUGAUAAUUUUCACAAACUUCAAGAAAGCUGUAUAAAAAUGGUUUCAAAUGAUCCACAAAGAUUCGGUAAACGUGGAAAAUUUAUGGAAUGGCCAGAUAAAUUAGUUACCGGAAUAUUGAAGAGAGAUGAUCUUCAUCUUGAAGAGAUUGAUGUUUGGAUAUUAUUACUUAAAUGGGGCGUAUCUCAAAUUGAGUUAUCCUUUAAUAUUAAGGAAUGGGCUCUAGAAGAUUUUUCUAGAUUAGCUUUAAAAUUAAAGGAUUGUAUACAAUUCAUAAGGUUUUAUCAUAUCUCGGGAGCCGAUUUUUAUAAUCACGUGAGACCCUACAAAUCAUUACUUCCAAAAGAUUUGUAUGAAAAUCUUUUACGUUAUCACUUUAAGAUGGACAAACCACCCAUUUCAACAACUCUUGUACCGCCUCGUGGGAUAGCGCUCGAUUCCAAAUUAAUUGGAUCAAGACAUGCCGCUCUAAUCGCCAGCUGGAUAGAUCAUCAAAAAAAUUUUGAUCCGUUAACAUGUCAUUUAGUUCCUUGUCAUUUUAAUCUUUUAUUAAGAGGGUCACGAGACAAUUUUAAAUGCUCAACAUUUCAUAGACUUUGUGAUAACCAGGGACCUGCUCUUAUCGUUUUAAAAGUUAAAGGAACAGGAGAAUUACUUGGUGGAUACAAUCCAAUAGCAAUUUUAAGUCGUAUCAAAAAUUACAACUGUGCUAUAGAUGAUUCACCUUGCAUCGGACCCUGUUUCGGGAUUUCCGAUUUGGUCAUGGUAGAAUCUUCGAGACAUGCAAAUGGAAAAUUCAUUUAUGAUCUUCCUUGGAGUUGUAUUCAAAGAAGUUACGAAAAAUCCAUAACCACGACCACAAAUUUCACUAUUGAAGAUUACGAAGUAUUUAAAUUAAUAAAAAAAGACCUAAAUAAUGUUGAGAGUUAA